AUGGCUGCCGAUCCUAUUUACUCAUCGCCUAAAUCAGGCGCUGCUUCAGAUCCCGAACAUUCAGUCCGAGCACUCAACUUGCGCCCGCGACCGCAAUGCUGGGACCAUGGCUGCAAUGGUCGUGAGUUCUCAACAUUCAGCAAUCUCCUCCGUCACCAGCGAGAAAAGUCAGGAGUGGUGGCCAAGGCUGAAUGCCCCAUAUGUGGCGCGGCAUUUACACGUACAACAGCACGCAAUAUCCAUGUUGCGCAGGGCAAGUGUAAAAGCCCAGGCAGAGAAUCAUCCGCUGAUUAG